AUGCCCGAGAACAACGCUCAGACACGGGCCCUCGCGAUCCCAGAGAUCGUGACCUCAAUCCUGCACCAGAUGGACAUGCGAACGCUGAUCGCCGCCCAAAGAAUCAGUCGCACGUGGAAAGAUCUGAUCUGCACCACGCAGUCACUACAGGAGACUCUAUUUCUCCGACCAAUCAGCCAUGGCAUAGACCUCGGCAGUCAAGUCGAGAACCCGCUAUUGGCAGAAGCAUUCUCUUCUAUUUUCAAUACUGAACAAGACUGUAUUUGUCUGACCGAUCUUACCUGGGAGAAAGACCCAGCCGUUCGAGAAAUGUUCAUCCGAUCCGAAGCCAGCUGGCGCCGGAUGCUCACGCACCAGCCGCCUCUCUACCGAGUCGGGACAUUCGAAACCUGCUGUUCACCUUUUGGCUGGGGUUGGAGUAAGAAAAAGGCAGGUGUCCCGGAAGAUGGACUCCGGAUGGCGCCGCUGUUUGAAUUCUUGAUUGAUCGUGACUGGGAGGGCUGGGCCUACGGGCAGGUGAUCGAGGUUUAUUUUACGGCUUCUUUGCCUCGUGGACUCCUUGAGUCGACUAGACUUAAGAAUUGGAAUGAAGUUGAUCAGGCUUGGAAGGAAAUGAACGGGCAGUUUGAUCUUGUGUUGGCGAUCAACUCGAGUACGACUUGUACGGGCGAGAUGGAUUAUGAGGAUCAGAUGGAGAAGAGGGAGAAGAAGGCCAAGGACAAGGGUGUGGUGCUUCCGGAUACUGAUUUGACAGUUUGGAAAAGAAUUUGUGAAUGUUAUCGGGAGUUGGGGUUGAAGAUGGAUGGGUUUAAGAUGGAGAAGUUUAACGAGGGAAGUGGGAUGUGGGACUAG